AUGAGCGAUAUCAGUUCACUUCUUGCACGGGCAACUGUGCCAGCCCUCAUCGCCCUGACGCAAUUCUCAGGGCCGUGGUGGAGCAGCCUAACACAUCUGCCUCAUAGCAGAGCGAUGGUGACGCCCAACUGCCAUGAGUGGUACGCGGAAUUGAAUGAGAAAUACGGUCCGAUUGUACGCAUAGCGCCAGGGUUACUGAUCACCUCAUCCCCCGAGGUUUGGACUCAUGUGAACAAGCAGCCCAGCUACAAACGGUCCGACUGGUAUUACCACGCUUGCCGCGUUGAAUAUCGGAGGGAUAAUGUGUUCACGCAGACAGACAACGAGAAACAUGACAUGAGACGGAAACAGAUGGCCCCAGGCUACUCUGGCAGGGAGAAUCUUGACCUCGAGCCGACGAUUGAUCAGCGUCUUGAAGAGCUGCUAUACCUGAUCAGAUCCAAGUACCUCUCUUCCAAUUCUGAAACUGUGCCAAUGGAUCUGGCAAAAAAGGUCCAAUACUUCACGCUCGAUGUGAUCAGCUCUGUCGGUCUGGGCAAGGCAUUCGGAAUGCUGCGGGCCGAUAACGAUGUGGAUGACUACCUCAAGUCGACUGAGGAAGGCCUGUCUGCCGUCGGCUUAACCGUUGCUUUGGGAGUCAGCUGGAUGGCGCAGGCACCUUUCAUCGGCAGGUUUCUUGCUCCCUCGCCAACAGACAAUAAUGGGUUUGGAAAGAUGAUCGCUGCCUGCUUUCGUUACGUCGACGAACGCACGUCAAAAGAUACCGACGAGCGGUCAGACAUGCUCGCCUCAUUCAUUCGUCACGGCUUAAGCGGUGACGAGCUACGAUCCGAGGCACUCGAGCAAAUCAUUGCGGGAUCCGAUACGACUGCAGCCGGGCUUCGAGGUACUAUUCUCCAGAUCAUGACAAACCCCCGGGUUUACGCCAAGCUUCAAAGCGAGAUUGACAUUGCUGUGGGCGACGGUACCGCUCCGCGAAAAGGCGAGGGUCUCAUUACAUUGGCACAGGCGAGGAAGUUAUCUUACUUGCAAGCCAUCAUUCGCGAGUCACUGAGGAUGCGGCCCCCCGUGGUAAACAUUUUCUCGCGAGAUACUCCGCCAGGCGGCGAUACCGUUGAGGUUGAUGGGGAAAAUGUCUUCCUACCAGAUGGUGUCUGCAUAGGAUACUCUGCGUAUGCUAUGCAUCGCAGUCGGGAAGUAUAUGGCAAGGAUGCAAACGCCUUUCGGCCAGAGAGAUGGUUUGAGCAGGAUGCCGACAAGCUUGCAAUCAUGGUGCGGACCAACGACCUUGUCUUUGGACAUGGCAAGUUCAUGUGUUUAGGGAAGCCAGUGGCGCAGAUGGAACUCUCCAAGACCAUUUUCGAGAUAUUCCGGAACUUCGAUUUGGCACCGAUUGACCCAGCUCGACCAUGGAAAGCGCAUAACUGCAUGGGUCUGUUUGUGAUUUCGGACAUGUGGGUUCAGGUUACGGAGAGAAACGCCGAAACCUGA